GCACAGAAGGAUGAAGGGGGAGAACCUCACCAAGGUCAGCACCUUCAUCCUGCUGGGCUUCCCCACAGCCCCCAGGCUGCAGUACGUGCUCUUCCUUCUCUUCCUGCUCACCUACGUCUUUGUGCUGGUGGAGAACUUGACCAUCAUCCUCACUGUCUGGAGCAGCGCCACCCUCCAGAGGCCCAUGUACUACUUCUUGGGCUCCUUGUCCUUCCUAGAGGUCUGGUACGUGUCAGACAUCAUUCCCAAGAUGCUGGAUGGCUUCCUCCUGCAGCACAAAAGCAUCUCUUUCAUUGGAUGCAUGACCCAGCUCUACUUCUUCAUCUCUCUGGUGGGCACAGAGUGUGUGCUCCUCGCUUCCAUGGCUUAUGACCGCUAUGUGGCCAUCUGCCACCCUCUGCGAUACCAAGUCAUCAUGACCAAGGGACUGUGUGUCCAGCUCGUGGGCUUCUCCUUUGUGAGUGGCUUCACCAUCUCUCUCAUCAAAGUCUACUUCAUCUCCAGCGCCACAUUCUGUGGUUCCAACAUCCUAAACCACUUCUUCUGUGACAUUUCCCCCAUCCUCAAGCUGGCCUGCACAGACUUCUCCACUGCAGAGCUGGUGGACUUCAUCCUGGCCUUCAUCAUCCUGGUGUUCCCUCUCCUGGCCACCAUUCUCUCCUAUGGACACAUCACCCUGGCUGUCCUGCGUAUCCCCUCGGCCACAGGCCGUUGGAGAGCCUUCUCCACCUGUGCCUCCCACCUCACUGUCGUCACCAUCUUCUACAUGGCUAUGAUCUUUAUGUAUGUCCGGCCCCAGGCCAUUGACACGAGGAGCUCCAACAAGCUCAUCUCUGCUGUGUACACUGUCCUCACACCCAUGAUAAACCCCCUGAUCUACUGUCUGAGGAACACAGAGUUUAAGGAUGGGUUGAGAAAGGGUUUGGGCUUGGAUCAUGCUCCAUGGUAGGA